AUUUCCUCUUGCACGCCCUCUGCGGCAGGCUCCCAUUCCUCCUCCUACUUUCUCCAUUUUACUAGUCCCUGCAGGUAGGAUCCCAGAGAUCAAGUCCCUUUCCACCAGGCUCUCGAGGGUCCCUGAGCCCUCGGCCACUUACCUCAGCAGCUUUGGCACUUUCCCCUACAGCCCCGCCCCCAAGGCCGACUGGUGCGGCCGAGUUAACAUCGACAAGGGCGGCGCCGUGCUCGCGCCCGCGUGGAGGGACCGGCAGCGGCGUGCGCGUGCCCCUUGCAGUAGUGGGCGUGGCCGGGGCGGAGAGGACUUCCGGGUCCUUCUCCUCCUCGUUCCCGGAUUUUCUUUUUGCUGUGGGGAUUUCGCUGGACUGUUUGGAGAAAGUGUCAUGGAAGUUCUGCGUCCACAGCUUCUAAGAAUCGGUGGCCGGGUUUACAGGAAGAAUCCCAUCCAAGAACAGACUUAUCAACAUGAAGAAGAAGACGAUGAUUAUUAUCACGGCCUCAUGGAGUGCGCGGAAGAGCCCUGUGAAGCCUACGAGGUGGUGCAGACCCCACAAGGUUUUCGGUGUACUGUGAAGGCCCCCAGUCUGCUCUACAAGCAUAUAGUUGGCAAGAGAGGGGACACUCGGAAGAAAUUAGAAGUGGAGACCAAAACUUCUAUUACCAUUCCUAAGCCUGGACAAGAAGGAGAAAUUGUAAUCACUGGUCAGCAUCGAAGUGGUGUAAUUUCUGCCCGAACUCGGAUUGAUGUUCUUUUGCUCACUUUUCGAAGAAAGCAGCCCUUCACUCACUUCCUUGCCUUUUUCCUCAAUGAAGUUGAAGUUCAGGAGCGAUUUCUAAAGUUCCAGGAGGAAGUACUGGAGAAGUGCUCCAUGGACCACGGGGUUGAUAGCACCAUUUUCCAGAAUCCUAAAAAGCUUCACCUAACUAUUGGGAUGUUGGUGCUUUUGAGUGAGCAAGAGAUCCAGCAGACCUGUGAGAUGCUACAGCAGUGUAAAGAAGAAUUCAUUGAUGACAUUUCUGGGGGCAAACCCCUGGAAGUAGAGAUGGCAGGGAUAGAAUACAUGAAUGAUGAUCCUGGCAUGGUGGAUGUUCUUUAUGCCAAAGUCCACAUGAAAGAUGGCUCCAACAGGCUGCAGGAAUUGGUUGAUCGAGUGCUAGAACGUUUUCAGGCAUCUGGAUUGAUAGUGAAAGAGUGGAAUAGUGUGAAACUCCAUGCUACAGUCAUGAAUACUCUAUUCAGGAAAGACCCCAAUGCUGAAGGCAGGUACAAUCUCUAUACAGCGGAUGGCAAAUAUAUCUUCAAGGAAAGAGAAUCAUUUGAUGGCCGAAACAUUUUAAAGCUGUUUGAGAACUUCUACUUUGGUACUCUGAAGCUCAACUCAAUUCACAUCUCUCAGAGGUUCACUGUAGACAGCUUUGGAAACUACGCCUCCUGUGGACAAAUUGACUUCUCCUGAGGUGGAUCGUGAAAAACAGUCAAAAUUGAACAUCCUCACAAGGGCAGUGGCACGCGAAACAAUGAUGAUAUCAGCGGGACUGUGCAAAGUUCCCUGGGAGAGUGUGAGCCACAGAAGGCACUCUUUCCUCACUACAGACCUGCAGAUGGAAGGAGCUCCCAGCCAGCUUGGCCCCACCCUUCAGCUCUGCUGCAAGCUCUGCUGGGGAGCGCCAGCCUCACUGUCACCCCUCAUCUCUGCCUCCUCACAGCCUUUCUCUUUCCUUCCUUCCAUAGCCUUAUCUUGAUUCUUGCUGUUCGAGAAGUCUGACUCUGAUCUCUGCAUGUUAAGGCCACUGCAUGGUGAGGGCUGUGUAUAAUACUCAAAGAUUUGUUUAUCAGUGUGGCUGCACAGAUCAUUUGUCAAUAAAUGAAUUUCUAAAGCAA